AUGUCUUCUUUCUUCAUUCCCAACAAGAACGUUGGCAACCAAGCCGACUCGGAAGAUUGGAGAAUUCGCGGUUACAACCCUCUGACUCCCCCCGACCUCCUUCAACACGAGAUCUCCCAAACCCCCGAGUCCAAGAAAACCGUCCUGCAAGGUCGUAAUGAGACUGUAGCCAUUGUUAAUGGCACCGACGAGAAGAACCGAUUGCUUGUCGUCAUUGGUCCUUGUUCCAUCCACGACCCUGCUGCCGCCCUAGCCUACUGUGACCUCCUCUUGAAGGAGAAGGAGAAGCAUAAGGAUGAGCUUCUCAUCGUCAUGCGAUCUUACCUCGAGAAGCCACGCACAACUGUUGGCUGGAAGGGGUUGAUCAAUGAUCCUGAUAUCGAUGGUAGCUUCCAGAUCAACAAGGGUCUGCGAAUCUCUCGCCAACUCUUCGUCGACCUUACAGCCAAGGGUAUGCCCAUUGCCAGUGAAAUGCUGGACACUAUUUCUCCCCAGUUCCUCGCCGAUCUGCUCUCAGUGGGUGCCAUAGGCGCCCGUACAACCGAGAGCCAGCUUCACCGUGAGCUUGCCAGUGGUCUGAGUUACCCCGUGGGCUUCAAGAACGGAACUGAUGGUUCUUUGAACGUCGCCAUUGAUGCCAUUGGUGCAGCCCAGCACCCCCACCACUUCCUGUCUGUUACCAAGCCUGGUGUUGUCGCCAUUGUUGGUACCGAAGGCAACAAUGAUUGCUUCGUCAUCCUUCGCGGUGGCUCCAAGGGCACCAAUUUCGAUGCUGAGAGCAUUGCUGCUGCCAAAGAGGCGCUCAAGAAGAAGGGCGUACGACAGCGAGUCAUGGUCGACUGCAGUCACGGUAACUCUUCCAAGAACCACAAGAACCAGCCCAAGGUUGCUGCCGAUAUUGCAGGCCAGAUCUCCAAGGGAGAGGAGGGUAUCAUGGGAGUCAUGAUUGAGAGUAACAUCAACGAGGGUAACCAAAAGGUACCCGCUGAGGGUAAGUCGGGGCUCAAGUAUGGUGUAAGCAUCACCGAUGCUUGUAUUAGCUGGGAAGACACUGUCUCAACACUCGAGACUCUUGCGCAGGCCGUCAAGGCCCGCCGAAAGCUCUCAAACGGAGCCUAA